UCGAUACAAACGUGUUGAAGAUGAAGUUAUUAGAGAUAUAAAUUCAACACAUGGUAUAGUUUAUUAAUAGCACCUGACAAAACUUUGGCAAGUUCCUUCAGAAACAGGUUAUGUUUCUGCGUGAGUGAAAUAUUUGAAAUUAGUGGUAUAUAUUCUUUAUGCUUAGCGAAAAAUAAACGGCAACUAUGGACGCCAAUCCCUUUGGAAAGAAAGAGGACGUGUAUGGAUUCCAAACCUUAUGGAGGGAGCUUGGAUAUUACAUAUCCAGACUUGAGCAUUAUGAAAGAAGUUUGAAUUUUUUUGACGAGGCUAUCAAAAAGACCCCAAAUGACAAACGAGCUUUAAUUGGGAGAGCGAGGGCAAGAGCAAAGGCUUGCCAGUAUGAAGGUGCCCUUGAAGAUGUCAACAAAGCCCUAACCUUCGACCCAGAUGAUCUUGUAGUUCUGGCGGAUAAAGCUUUGAAUACGUACCUGAGUUGUGAGUUUGAAGAGGGUUUGGUGCAGAAUACCAGGUUGUUACCUAGGAGGCAAAAACCGGACCAUUUUAGUAUGGGAGUUAUGCAUUGCACCAACGCCAUAGAGAACUGCAUCGGCUUACGUUCAGGCAGGCCCCUUCGGGACCACUUCAAGAUUAUUAGGAAGCUUGCAUGGAAGAAGAACUUCGAGGCACAGAAACCCUUUGAACCAAAACCAAGAAAAGUAAAGAAGAAGAAAAAGAGCUUAGGAAAACAACUAGAGUACGUUCAACCAAUAGUUACAAAGAAAAAGAAGAAACAGUCAUGCGUCAGUAAUCAGGGAUCAACGCUAGGAGGAGGCGCAGUAAUAGAAGAAGGGGAGUUCGAGAAAGCUGAGGUUUUAAGUAUGAGGGAUAGUCUUCACAGCUGGCAAUCAGACAAGAAUCUCGUCCCUCCUUAUCCUCACUACUUUCCGUUUCGACCUCUCCAAAAUUACACCACUAAUAUUGAAAAGUACAUGGCUGAAAAGUACCUGGAUUCCAUGUACCUAGAAAAGAUUUUCUUGAACAAAUUGCAAUAUGAGCAUGGUGCGAAGAGCCCUAAUCAAAAAGGUUCCGAAAAAAUCAUUAGACUUGCCAAGGAAGGAUACAAAGCAGUAUCUUACAAACAGGUCAAAAUGAUCUUCGCAGCAGUACAUGGUCGACGUGAAAGAAACUGAUGUUACAUCCCAUCGAGCUGCGUCAAAUCACCUUUUACGUUGUGCGGCAGCUUAUGGAAUACUCAAAAAAAUUUUUUGUGGAGCUUCUGAGAACGCGUAGCCCUUUCUACUAUAUCAAAUACCAAGAAGCGCAUGCAUCAGGAUCUCUAAAAGCCCGACAAGAAGAAGAACUGAUUCUACAGCGAAAUAUCACUAAGAAAGAAGCUGAUGUGCUUAUGAAUAAGCUGAUCGCUUGCUUUGAGAACAAGCAACUACAGCAGAUGCUGCAGGUAGCAGAGAAGCUCAAGUACUACUGUGACUCUAAGCCGAAAAGAAUAAUGCCUGACAAAGACACGUACUUGCAUGAAAUUUUGGUGAAGAUACGCAAAGGAUUCUAUGACUUGAACAGGCUAAAUAAGAACCAGGUGUUCUGUGAACAACAUAAGAGGAUAUAUGUGUCCUUCGGGUAUCCUGUUAGUAGAGAACCUUCAACGGAUUCUGUCAUUAAGCAGUUCAAGAAUGUUUACCUAGACCACAAAAAACAAAUUGAACUGUUCGAGAAGCGUCUUCGUCAAGCAGAGACCAACGACCAACUCUGUUGGUGCUACCACGAGUUGUCAAGGUACCACCUGGAGAUGAAAAAAUAUGAGUUGGCCGGAGUUUACAGUAGAAAAUGCAUUCAAGAGAGCACCAAAGACGAGGGACAUCCGGAAUGGCAUAUCAAUGCUCUGAUGCUGUUAGUCAGGAUAAAUAUACAACAGCACAAUAAGAAUGAUGCCAGAAGCGAACUGAUGGAAGCCUGUGGUAUUGCUAACCUAUUGCAGGAUACGAACUUGAAGGAAUAUUUAGAAAAGUGUCUUGAGGUAGUUGAAACGAUAGAAUUCGACGAUCUAUUUGGUCCUAAGAUGUUAGAAAAACGCGAACAGAAGAUGCUAUCUAUGAUGUCUACUGCGAAGAUGAAAGAUGAGUUUGCUCAUCUGCUGAGAAUGAUGGCAGCCAUGCCUGCAUCCAGAAGGUUGACUGUCAUGCCUGGUGUCAGAAUGGAGGAUGAUGAAAAGAGGAGGAAAUCUAGAAUGCAGUCCAUAAUACCUGGUAACGAGCGUGAAGAUCAGUCCGCUGUAAAGAAGAAGAUAAGCAAUUCCAAAGGAGUAGGGUUCAUGGAGCUAGUCCAGUAUCAUGUAUAAAUAAAUAUUAAAUAUAGCACAUGGAAAAUACGAG